AUGCAUGUGAUGGCUUCUCGUUUGACCCCAUGGGAAUUGAGGUCGUGUAAAGCUGGUGGGUGUUGCGGAAAGAGAAUUUACAGCUCUACCAAUCUAACAACUUUGGAUAUUUCGAAUCCAGAUAAAUUAAAGGUACAUAUUGACGAGACCACCGGGAACAACAGAGGAAAGAUUUUUUCCCCAAAAAAUGACCAAACAGUCAAUAAGGUAGUUGAUGGGAAGGCAACUAUAUGGAUUGCAGGUGCAGGUGAGGAAUGUUCAUUCGUGGGACUGACUUUGGACCAUGAUCGGCCUAAAUCCGUAUCGUUGAGCAUCAAAAAAGAUUCUUCCAGCUACAUCGAGCUAAAGUACUAUGACAAAGGUACCACUGGCUGGAAUGAGAGGAGGGAUGAACCUAAAAAGCGCUCUACGACUCAUCCUGCAAGUCCAUUACAAAGCACCAGGUGA